AUGUCUCCACGAAGAACUGCCGACCGAAGAAGACACCCUACUCAGCAGGUGCGGGUCAAGUGCCUGUCUCCGUCCGACCCACAGAAGAGAAUGAUUGCCAGAUCAAUGUACAAAGAGGCCAAGGAUGGCCGUACAAUAGGCUUACUGGGACACACCCAGAGCAUUGAAUUAUUCCUGAUUUUGAGCAUGAAAUGCUCUAGCCGACCGAAAACAAAGCACAAUGCAUUGAAAGCAUUUGUAGGCCAGGAACAGGUCAAGCCUAGAUUCUCGCAGCCAAGGCCAGUCAAAAGAGCUGUUAACGAUCUAGGCGGACUGAUCAGUGAGCUGGACAGUCUGGCGGCCGCUCACUAUCAGUCUUGUAUAUCUGGCAUGAUAGAUGAUGGGAGUAACUCUUCCUGCUUCAGAGAGUGGGAGGACGCCCAGGUCGCAUUGUCUCUGACGUUCAAAGGCCGCCUACAGAACCUCCUUGAGGAGCCCUCCACGCCAAUGGAGGAGGCCCCCGAGACUGAUGUUCAGCGUCUGGCUUCUGAACCAUGUCCACCGCACAGUUUCCUAUUCGGACAUCUCAAAGUCCUAGGUGAAGUCAUGCAAACAUUGCCCAAGGACGUCCAUCCCCAGGUAGCCAUGGCAAUCGUCAGGGAGAAAUACGAUUUGCCUCACGUGUUCUACAUGGAUCUGUGGCCAAUUGCAACAUCCUUUCUCAUGAUCCAGGAUCCGGACAUAGCUGCUCAGAUCACCCAAACCAAGAACCAUCCCAAACACACCCUCCUUAAAGAAUUCCUUCGGAAUAUGACUGGUGAGCAAUCUAUCGUGACCAGCGAAGGCGCAGAAUGGAGGAAGCUACGUUCAAUGCUUGGACCUGCAUUCUCUUCCCACCACCUUUCAACCCUUGUACCCGAUAUUACAGACCAUGUUCUGAAGUUCCGCGAGCGGCUGCAAGAAUUGGCCAAAAGUGAAAAGAUCUUUCGCAUGCAGGACCUGGCCUGUAACUUGACCAUCGAUGUCAUCAGCCAAAUAGUCCUGGGUAGAAGCUUCAAUUCGCAGACGACGUUUUCCUCAAUUACGCACAACUUCCGCAAGUUCAUCUCGUGGGCUGGUUCAAGUAUGGAUAUUAUAUCUCGAAACAAGAGCAAACUUCCCAUCUGGUGGUAUUGCCGACUCCUCGAUCGAGAGCUCACCGCUGAGAUCCAGGAGCGUCACGCAGGCAGUACUACUACAAACACUACUACCGCCGGUAGAGCCGUCGUCGAUCUAGUCUUUCAAGCCUACCAAGACGAAAAACUAGGUCUUUAUACCUUAAAGGAGGCGCAAAAGCCCGACGUCGACCCAGAAUUCAUGCUCCUGGCCGUCAACAACAUCAAAACCCUCCUCCUAGCCGGGCACGACACAACCGCCACCACCAUAGCAUAUAGCUAUUAUCUCCUCUCCCAGCACCCUGACAUCCUCUCCGCUAUCCGCUCCGAACACUCCACAGCCUUCUCUCCCUCCAUCAAAACCACAGCAUCCCUCCUCAAAAGCCCACAGGCAUCAAAACUCCUCUCCCACUCCAUCCUUCCCCUUACCACCGCCGUGAUCAAAGAGGUCCUCCGUCUCUUCCCGGCCGGAAGUACCAUCCGCAUGUCCUCUCACCCAGCCACGGAAACCCUCUCCUACCACUCCCAGUCCUUACCGUUGACCAAUCACGUCCUCUGGGUUUCACAUUACGGCAUCGCACAUCGCGAAGAUCUGUUUCCGGACCCGGCGGCGUUUGAUCCGUAUCGGUUCAUGCCGGGAAGGGAGGUUCCGAAGGAUGCGUGGAGGCCGUUUGAGAAGGGACCCCGGAACUGCGUGGGUAUGGAGUUGGCGAUGCUGGAGAUAAAGGCGGUUCUGGUCUUGACGCUGAGGGAGUUUGAGUUCGAGAGCUUGUAUGGGAAGGAAAUGGAUGGAGAGGGUUUGAGGGAGGCACCGGAGAGGCAUGGCGGAAGGGCGUAUCAGAUGGUUGCUUUUGGACCGAAGCCCGCGGGGGGGUUGCCCAUGAGGGUGAGAUUGAGGGCGGGAUCAGAAAAAGAGAUGGAGAAGGAGAGGUGGGAGGAGGAAGAAUUGAUUCAGAUGGCGGGCAAGGCGCGGGAGCUCAUUCGCUUGUGGGAAUAUGAGACCAGCCUGGUCUGGAGAGACGAAGUAAAUCGGAGCAUGCUGCAAGCAGAUGUCGAGGACAUGGGUCUCGGCAAAGCGUGGCCCACAGAGUUUUAUAACGGCACAGCAGGUCUUCCUCUGAUCAAGGCCGCUGAUGAGACAUGGCUGCUCGGGCAAUUCCUCGACUAUGCAUACCCUGACGGCGGGAUCAUCUUUUUGAGCAACCCGGAGCGACUUCCUGACGAUAUGAAGAAAGAGAACUUCUGGAAAAGGCUGCAACAGUUCCUUUCCCAAAUCACGAUGGAGCAAGCAUCCCCAUAUUUUUGCCGUUCGCGCCUGGGCAAGCGACCCAUCAAGCUGUCGGAAGGACUACCGACAUUGACUAGCAACAUGGAAUAUCUUCGCGGGCGUGACAGACAAGAGGGCGAAAGAGCCUAUGGAUAA